AUGCUUUUUUGGGUGAUUACAAGUCUGCUGCUGGCGAGUGUUGCAGUUGCAGGUGUAGCCCUGGACCCAUGCUCUGCGUACAUCAGCCUGAAUGAACCUUGGAGGAACACAGAUUACCACGUCAACCAGUCAUCCGGCGUGCCCCUUUGUGACAGCCACGUGUCGGGAGAAUGGUACCGCUUCACGGGCAUGGCCGGGGAUGCCAUGCCCACCUUCUGCGUCUCUGAGAACCACUGUGGCACGCAUGCUCCCAUCUGGCUCAACGGCAGCCACCCUCAACCCCACGAAGGCAUCGUCACCCUGCCGGUUUGUGCCAGCUUCAACGACAACUGUUGCCACUGGAACGCCAGUAUAGAUGUGAAGGCCUGUACCGGAGGAUAUUUUGUUUAUCGCCUGCCCAGACCCUCAGUCUGCUUCCAUGUGUACUGUGGCCAUUUCUAUGACAUCUGUGAUGAGGUGGACUGCGCAGGUCCCAAAUGUCCCGAGUCUGACUGCCGCUGUGCACCUGGAACUGUCCUGGGACCGGACAGACAGACAUGCCUGGAUCUCAACGAAUGUGGAAAGGGCAACGGUGGCUGUGCAGAGGUGUGUGUGAACACCAAAGGCUCCUGGCGCUGUGAGUGUGGGUUGGGUCGCGUGAUGGACGGUGAUGGACACAACUGCAGAGAGAUAGCAGGCUGUCAUGUUAACAAUGGAGGGUGCAGCCAUGGCUGCUCCUCGCUGCUGGACUCCUAUCAGUGCCACUGUCCCAGAGGGCUGGAGCUGGGAGAGGAUAAACGCACAUGUCAGGUGCCAGUCCAGUGUGAUCCCAGCUCUAUUAUUGUGUCUGUUCCUAAAGACCUCGUAGGAGGACUGGAGCUCUCCCUGUCCAACUCGUCUUGUCGAGGUGUCUCCAAUGGCACACACAUCAACCUCAGCUUCAGCCUCAAGACCUGCGGCACAGUGGUGGAGGUGACAGAUGACAAGAUUGUGGGGACCAACCUGGUGACAGGCCUCCCUCGGAGCAGCCCAGGCAGCAGCAGGGACUUGAUAGUUCGCACCAGCAAGUUAGUGCUCCCGGUCACCUGUGAGUUCCCCAGGGAAUACCAGGUAUCAGACGGAUACCAGGCCAGUCAGCGAAGCUCAGCCCUUGAGCUGGCAGGCCACAGUGAGGGAGUCUUCCCCUUCUCCCUGGAGCUCUUCAGGAGCGCAGAGUUCUCGGAGCCCUACCGCACCCCACCCCAGCUCCGCCUGCACGACUCCCUGUUCUUCGGGGUGGAGCCAAAGGAGAGGGUGGAGGGCCUCUCUGCACUGGUAGAGAGCUGCUUUGCCACACCGGGGCCCAGAGCUGACCAGGCCCUCAAGUAUUAUCUCAUCAAAGACGGCUGUAUCUCUGAUGAAACAGUGACACAGUACUCAUCAAAGGACCAGCUCUCUAAGCACUACCAGGUCCCUGUCUUCAAGUUCAUUGGCAAAGACAACCGACAAGUGUUCCUCCACUGCCAGGUGUUGGUGUGCGGGGCAGGAGACUCCCACUGCGCUAAGCGCUGUCGAGGACGUGCCCGCCGAAAGGUUCGGAACGGGGAACCUCAGGAGCAGCACACACUAACUGGAGGCCCCAUCUUCAUCUUGCCUGACUAA